AUGUUGAGCAAUCCGCCGCGCUGGCGGUGCAGCGGCUCCAGGGAUGUUCUGGGGGACUGGAUAAAGCUGGUGGGUGCUGGCAAGCUUUUAAGGAGUCUGGAAAAAAUUGAGAGAAGAGAUAUAUUUCCAACUGAUGGCCAGUCUGAACUUACAACUCCAGCGAAAGUGGUGAGGGCUGCAAACCCGAGACAGAGGAAAGGAAGCAAGGUUGGCGACUUUGGUGAUGCCACAAAUUGGCCAACACCUGGAGAAAUAGCCCACAAGAGCGUCCAGCAGCCACACAAAGCACCGUCCCUUCGGAAGCUGCCUGUCAAGAAAGACAUGAAAGAGCAGGAAAAGGGGGAUGGGAGUGACGGCAAAGAGAGCCUGAAAACCAAAUCUGAUGAGUCUGGGGAGGAGAAGAAUGGUGAUGAUGACAACCAGAAGUCAGCCCAGAAGAAGAAAGGCAACAAGCACAAAUGGGUCCCUCUGCAGAUAGACAUGAAGUCAGAGGUGCCUAGGGACAAAACAGCCUCUCGGAACAACCGGCAGAAUGAGCAGCACAGGCACCCCUCCAACAACCGCAGCGAGCUCAAAGGCUGGCACCCCGACAACAAGCACGAGCGCAGCUGGCAGGACCACGAUGAGACGUCCAGCGUGAAGAGCGAGGGAGGCGCCGUGCGAGGAACCUUCCGGGGCCGGGGCCGCGGCCGGGGCAGGGGCCGGGGCCGGGGCAGAGGAGGGCACUUUGACUACCAGUACGGAUACCGGAAAUUCGAGGGCUCGGACGGCUCCCGCACCCAGAAGUACGCCAGCAACAUCACCUACUACUUCGACAACAUCAGCAGUGCUGAGCUCUACAGCGUGGACCAGGAGCUGCUCAAGGACUACAUCAAGAGGCAGAUAGAAUAUUACUUCAGUGUGGACAACCUGGAGCGAGACUUCUUCCUGCGCCGCAAGAUGGACUCGGACGGCUUCCUGCCCAUCACGCUGAUCGCCAGCUUCCACCGCGUGCAGGCGCUGACCACCGACAUCAGCCUCAUCAUCAAGGCUCUGAAGGACAGCAAGGUGGUGGAAAUUGUGGAUGAGAAGAUCAGGAGAAAAGAGCAGCCAGAAAAAUGGGCUCUGCCUGGCCCUCCUAUGGCAGACUACACACAGACAGACUUCUCACAGUUCAUCAACUGCCCUGAGUUUGUGCCCCGGCAGAGCUUCCAGAAAGAGACUGAGUCCGCUCCAGGCUCCCCACGUGCUGCCAGCCCAGUCCCCACCAAAACAGAGGAGGUCAGUAACCUGAAGACAAUGCCCAAGGGCCUGUCCACAAGUCUGCCAGACCUGGAUUCAGAGACAUGGAUUGAAGUGAAGAAGAGACCCCGACCUUCUCCAGCCAGGCCCAAGAAAGCAGAGGAGUCAAAGACACCGCAGCAGCAGAAGCAGAAGGACCAAGAUGAACCUGAGGAGCUGGACUUCCUGUUUGAUGAGGAGAUGGAGCAGAUGGAUGGCCGCAAGAACACCUUCACCGACUGGUCAGACGAGGACUCGGACUACGAGAUCGACGACCGCGACGUCAACAAGAUCCUGAUCGUGACGCAGACCCCCCCGUACCUGCGCCGGCACCCCGGCGGCGACCGCACUGGCAACCACACCUCCAGGGCCAAAAUGAGCUCGGAGCUGGCCAAGGUCAUCAACGAUGGGCUCUACUACUAUGAGCAGGACCUGUGGACAGAGCAGUUUGAGCCAGAGUAUUCGCAGAUCAAGCAAGAGGUGGAGAACUUCAAGAAAGUGAAUAUGAUCAGCAGGGAGCAGUUUGACACCCUGACCCCAGAGCCCCCCGUGGAUCCAAACCAGGAGGUCCCUCCUGGUCCCCCCAGGUUCCAGCAAGUACCUACAGACGCUUUGGCCAACAAGCUCUUCGGAGUCCCUGAGCCUUCCACCAUCGCCCGCUCUCUGCCCACGACUGUCCCAGAAUCGCCCAACUACCGCAACGCCAGGACGCCCCGCACCCCGCGCACGCCGCAGCUCAAGGACCCGACACAGACGCCCCGCUUCUACCCCGUGGUGAAGGAGGGCAGGACGAUAGAUGCCAAGACUCCGCGGAAGAGGAAGACGAGGCACAGUUCGAACCCCCCGAUGGAGUGCCACGUGGGCUGGGUGAUGGACUCCAGGGAGCACCGGCCCCGCACUGCCUCCAUCAGCUCCAGCCCCUCGGAGGGGACCCCGGCCGUCGGGAGCUACGGCUGCACCCCGCAGUCCCUGCCCAAGUUCCAGCAUCCCUCGCACGAGCUGCUCAAGGAGAACGGCUUCACACAACACGUCUACCACAAGUACCGGCGGCGCUGCCUUAACGAGCGAAAACGACUGGGCAUUGGUCAGUCCCAGGAGAUGAACACGCUUUUCCGGUUCUGGUCCUUCUUCCUCCGAGAUCACUUCAACAAGAAAAUGUACGAGGAGUUCAAGCAACUGGCUGUGGAGGAUGGGAAGGAGGGUUACAGGUACGGUCUGGAGUGCCUUUUCAGAUACUACAGCUAUGGCCUGGAGAAGAAAUUCCGGCCAGACAUAUUUAAGGACUUCCAAGAAGAGACCAUCAAGGAUUAUGAAGCUGGGCAGCUCUAUGGGCUGGAAAAGUUCUGGGCCUUCUUAAAAUAUUCCAAAGCCAAAAACCUGGACAUUAACAGCAAACUGCAAGAAUACCUCAGCAAGUUCAAGCGCCUCGAGGACUUCCGAGUAGAUCCACCCAUGGGGGAGGAAGGUGGACACAAGAGAUACCCCACGACGUCAGGGGGAGAUGGCAGGAAGCGCUACCCAUCCCAGUCUUCCAGCAAAACGGUCAGCCAGUGCCCAUCCAGCCAAGCCCACGCCUCAGCCAGCCAGCCUGCACAAGAGGAUGCCAAAAACCUGAGCCAGCAAUCCCCUGCCCCAUCAGCUGCAGAGUCGCAGACAGUGGGGAAGUAGAGAGGCUGCAGCGUCCGCUUCCUGCCGGGGGGUGGGGUGGGUUGGUGGGGAAUGGCUCGGAGAAGGGCAGACGUGAGGGGGUGGGACAGGAAGGGAGCUGGAAGGUUGGUUCCCAGGAAUAGGCUGCUUGGGAGAAACUUCAACGCACACGAUUUUCUUCUCUUGUGGCUGGAAAGCAAAGACGAUCUGCAUCC